CGGUCUCACUGGAUGUUUAUUGUUUCAGGCAGGGCUGCAGUCCACGGCAGGUAGGAUGUUGAGGCUUCGCUGUAAGACCAAAAAUGGGAGCCACAUAAUGCAGGGCUUGACUCAUCAGUCCUGUGUCCAAGAGCUGAAGAGUAAGGUGGAGGAGCUGACUGGUAUCCCCUGUGAUGUGCAGAAAAUUAUGGUUGGUUACCCACCCUCCAGCCUUGAUCUUCGAAAUGGAGAUGCUCACCUCAAGGAUUACCCCAUCAAAUCAGGAGACACACUCAUUGUUGAGGAAGAAAAGAACAAGCCAAAGCCUCAGGAUCAUCCCACUGUGACUAAAACACCACGCCUGGAAGCCUCACCUGUGCUGGCACGUCGAGUGGUCCCAGCUGACAACUCCUGCCUCUUCACCAGUGUGUAUUAUGUCGUGGAAGGUGGCGUAUAUGACCCUGCUUGUGCUCCUGAGAUGCGAGGCCUCAUUGCCCAAAUUGUGUCGAGUGACCCUGCAGCUUACUGUGAAGCGGUGCUGGGAAAGACCAACGAGGAGUACUGCUCCUGGAUAAGACGCGACGACACCUGGGGAGGAGCCAUUGAGGUGUCCAUCCUGUCCAAGUUUUACCAGUGUGAGAUCUGCGUGGUGGACACUCAGACAGUCCGAGUUGAUCGAUUUGGGGAGGAUGCUGGCUACCACAAACGUGUUCUGCUCAUCUAUGACGGCAUCCACUAUGACCCGCUGCAGAAAGAAAACCCCGGCUCUGACACCCCGCCCCAGACUAUCUUCUCCACCACAGACGACAUAAUCCUGGCCCAGGCCCUCGAGCUGGCAGACGAGGCCCGCCGCAAGCGGCAGUUCACGGACGUAAACCGCUUUGCAUUGCGCUGCAUGGUGUGCCAGACAGGCCUGGUUGGACAAAAGGAAGCUCGGGAGCAUGCCAAGGAGACAGGCCACACUAAUUUUGGGGAAGUAUGAACAUUGUUAAGUCUUUUUUUCCCCUCUCACAAAUACAACCACCACCAAACCUGUGCCCCAUGUCUGACAACUCUGUCUGUCUGUCUGUCUGUCUGCUUGUGUGAUCCUCUACCUCACAUUGUCUAGCGACAUCUAUGGAGAAUCUGCAGACACUGUGUUCAGCCUCUAACCUGUUCAGUAUUAUUUUUUAACUGCUGUCAGUUCUCAAAGUCAGAAACGCUACUGCAGAGCUCUGAUGUCAUUAAACCAUCAUGUUGGCCUGUUAGGGAUGGUUUCAAAUCUGUUUAACCUGGGCCAGGAAAUUAUGCAAACAAUUCUUAGGAUUUGUUUUAAUCUGUUUCGAUUACUCGAUGGUUGGGUUGUAUUGAGACAAACCAAACAGUGGCUGAUGUGUUGUCAGUUAGAAAAUGCACCAACUUGCUAAUAGUUACCUGUGACUGACUGAACUUAUAUAUGUGAUAAAAUCCCACUGCAAAGAGUGAUUAAACAACCACUAAGAAUUAUUUGUACUAUGAUAUGGUCCUACUCACUGUUGUCUUAAAUGCAGCACACCAAGUUUGACUGUUAUUCAUCAUGUUGGUUAUGUAGCAUGUUUUAUAUUUCCAUUGUGGACAGAGGUUUGUCAGGAACUCUUCCAGUACUUAAAGCUGAUAAUUUGGUUCACUUUAGAUGUCUGAAUUGUUGAGCACAGUUGGGCAUUGUUAAUGCCAUGCUAGAAUCAUCUUCAUACAAUUGUGCUAUUUGCGACAUCACUUUGAAUUUUCUGAGCAGUGGCCAGUGUGAAUGAGGUUUGAGAUUGAGUUUAUGUAUUUUGAAAUAGAUUUAUCAUAUUGCAAAUUGUAAUCAAAAAUUAGCCUAAUUACUUAUGUGGGACUUUUUCCCCCUUUUUUAAUGUUGCAUCAUCGUUUAUCAGUGAGCUUGUUUUAAAUUUAAACAAUAAAUAAAUAAAUAAUGGUGCUGAAAACUAUUUUACAAAACCUGUAGUGCUUUGUUUUUCUCCAUUGGUACGACAGGUUUUCAGGAGUGUAAUUUUUAAUUCUGGUGUGUAAUUUUCAGAUGUCAUGCUGUAAGAACUAAUCUUUUAAAAACCAGUUGUUUUUUUUUUAAAUAUUGCUGCAUAGUUUGAAAAACACUUAAGCGGUCAUGAGGGGGUGUUUGAGCAUUGUAUUUCAGAACACAGAUCAUGGUGAGAGGAUGCAUGGUGAAUUAACUAGAAAUCUAAAAUGAGUGCGUGUAAGCUACGCUAUGUGAGAGAAGUCCUGCUCACUUAAUGCAUUUACUGUUCAGGUACAAUCCAUACAUUAUGUGCUUUGCUAAUCAACAUUAAUCUUUAACUUUUUCAAUUAUAAUUUUUCAUCUCACAGUCAGGGUGUUUGGGAACUGUGAGUAAAGGUUUUGGUUUAAUUUGUAGUGCUUGUCCAAAUAUUGCCACUCUGUUCCACUGUAUGUUUUGCACAACUGGAGGAUGUUCUCUCAUUUUCAGCUAAAGUCAGGCAUCAUCUCUUUGGUUAUUCCUUGGAAACUCACUGCCUAAAAGGAUGAAGCAUGCACUCAUGUAUGCUAAACAUCAGGUCAAAAAUGUGUAAUCAGAGGCGGCCAUUAAGAUAUCAGUUUUUUUUUUUCCUUGAAGCUCAGUUUAUUAUGCAGAACCAGUAUUUGGCAAUAUUGGUACCGAGUUGAUGCCAAAAGUUUAAGUUUGUCAAGGGAGGAUUGAUUGGGACUUUCUGUUAGAAUUUUUCUUGGUUCAGACUCUGAGAUGGUGUUAGGAAUAAACGAAAGGCAACGCGAAAAUGUCAAAUUACUUUUUGUUUGAAUGUGAAUUACUAUGAUUUUUUUCCCUCAUCUGUUACCUUAGGUAGUUUAUUUGAUUUUUACAGUAAUAAUGGAUUAAUCAGCUUGCAUACAAGUGAAACUAUGAAACGGCUUUGUUGUAUUUUGUAUUAACCAAGUUCUCAUGACUCUUCAAGGACAAUAACAAUGAAUGUUGCACAUAAAGCACUACAGAACAACUGGAUUUACUUGAUUUUUUUCAGUGUUGUGUCACAAUAAAACGUUAU